AUGGGAAUGGAAGAAAAGAAUGGAAUGAUGAUGGAUCUAAUGAGCCACUACUACAUGAAUAAUAAUAAUAAUGAAAGGCCCAUAUUAUUUCCUUCCAUAUCCCCUCCACAGCCUCAUGACCACCUACACUAUGCAAUGGUCAUGUUGGGAGGGGGUAGUAGUAGUGUUGGUGGAGGAAUGAUGUUUGGAUCUGAUUCAACAAAUUCAGGAGAUGAUCAUUAUAGUGGCGGUGGUAAUUAUAAUAAUAAUAAUAAUAAUAAUAAUAAUAAUAAUAAUAAUAAUGGUGAGAUGAAUAAUAUUGGUGGUAAUGGAAGAUGGCCAAAGGAAGAAACCCUAGUACUUCUUGAUUUAAGAUUAAGACUCAAUUCUAAGUUUAAAGAUGCUACUCAUAAGAGCCCUUUGUGGGAUGAAGUUUCCAGGAUCAUGUGUGUGGAGCAUGGCUAUAGAAGAACUGGGAAAAACUGCAGUGAGAAGUUUGAAAACUUGUACAAGUAUUAUAAGAAGAUUAAAGAAGGGAAAGCCGGUAGACAAGACAAGAAGCAUUAUCGUUUCUUUCGUCAAUUAGAAGCUAUAUACGGCGAAACAAGCGUUGUUAGAAUCACUCGUGACCCUAACCUUCCUUCAAGCAGCACUAAUGAUCAAAAUCCAUUUGGGUUCAACCAAUCCUCACGCGACUUCCAAUACCGCAAUACAAUUAUUAACGAGAGGAAGCAAGAGAAAAAGCAUUGGAAGACCAAGAUAACAGACUUCAUUGAAACAAAAAUGAAGACAAUUAUGGAGAAACAAGAUGCAUGGAUGGAAAAGAUGAUGAAUACAAUUGACCAAAAGGAAAAAGAAAGAAUCUUGAAAGAGGAACAAUGGAGGAAUGAAGAGAUUUCAAGGUUAGAGACAAAAAAGAAGUUUCAUUUCAACGAAAGAGCACGAAUGGUGUCACGAGAUUCCACUUUAAUGGAUGCUUUGCACAAAUUAACAUCAUCAACCCAUGAUCAUAAUAAGGCUUCUACUUCUCAUAAGUAUUGUGAUAUUAAUGAUCAAAAUCAAAACUGGGGAGAAAAUGAGAUUACACAACUCAUACAACUAAGAAGUAGCAUGGAAACAAGGUUCGGAUCACAAGGCGGGCGUAUGGAUCAAGAGCUUCUAACUUGGGAAGAGAUUGCUUUAACAAUGUCUUGUUUGGGUUACAACAGGAAUGCUUUAAGCUGCAAAGAUAAGUGGGAUCAAAUAAAUGUUCUAUUGAGAACCAAGAAAAGAAAGGAGAAUAACAGAUUAUUAUGCUCAAAUAAUAUGUAUACGGAUCGCGAUAAUUGUUAUAUGUAUAAUCAAGAAGGAUUAAGAAGUUGUGUUGCACAGAAUGAUUCAGAGAAUGGUGGUGGUGGCUGUAAGGUCUUGAUGAGUACUACUAAUGAUCCUGAAAUCAUGUGCUAUGGUAAUAUGAAGAUGACAAAAGGAGAGAAACCAUUUGCUUGGCCUUAUUAG